AUGCACCAUCGUCGUCGCCGCCACGCCGGAGAGGCCUCACGGGGCGCGGUAGCAUCAGCAUCGGGAGGAGAACGAGGCCGAGGGGGCCUCCGCGCCAAGCAGCGCACGCGCCGUGCGCCGCGGCCGCCUCAGGAGCUGAGGGCCCGCGAUGUGUCAGAGGCGCAGGCACGGAACCAAGAUUCUACGAGGAGUUCUUCGUCUCCCGCGCACAUGGAAGAGGACGACGAGGAGGCGGGCCUUAUCUGGACCAGGGACAAGGGCUCCGACGACGGACUGGACUCCAAAGACAACGCAGCGCCCCGACAGGCUCAGGCCAGCGACGGGUGGAUCAAGUGGGCGGCCGCGGCCACGCUUCUGGUCCAGAACUCAGGCACGAACCUGAUCAUGCCGCUGGCCCAGAUGACCGAGUGGAACUCCCAGUCGGGGGUCAUCAACCAGGAGCUCGGCAAGCUCGUGGUCAGCGCGGCGGCGCUCGUCUGGGGCGGCGGCCUCCCGAACCUGGCGGCCGCCGCCCGGCCGACGCCAGAGGCGCUGAAGACGGCCGUCCCGGCGCUAUGCGGUGGGCUGUGCGCCGGCCGCCGAGCCCCAGUGGGCCCA